AUGGCUGAGAAUUUGGGAGGUUCAGUAGAAAGGUCAAGCUUGAAGAGACUUAACCUCAACGUCGAUCCUCCCGAAACCGACGACGACGAUUCUCCACUUCUCCCUCCUCCACCUACUGAAAUCACCAGGUUGAUAAACGAUGAAAACAGUCAAGAUAAGAGUUUGUUGUUCAAAGACACUGAUAGUAAUGAAGGAGAAGUUAAGAAGUUGAACAAACCGGGGAAAUACCGUUCCAAACCUAGUAAGACGGAUUGUUCUAUUGAUUGUGGAGUUGAUGCGGAUGGUGAUCAACAUGUUCAAGGUCCUCUUUCUUCACGGGAAGAAAAAGUUAGCAGCAUGAAGACUGGAUUGGUUCAUGUUGCGAGGAAGAUGCCCAAAAAUGCUCAUGCUCAUUUUAUACUAGGCUUGAUGUACCAAAGAUUAAACCAACCUCAAAAGGCUGUAUUGGCGUAUGAGAAGGCCGAAGAGAUAUUACUCAGGCCUGAGAUUGAGAUUGAUAGGGCGGAAUUCCUUUCUUUAGUUCAGAUUCACCAUGCACAGUGCCUGAUAAUAUAA